UCAAAUUGAGUAGUACACAUAUGGUGAUAAAUGCCAAGGAAAUGUAAAGCCGUUGUUAUGGUUUGUAUCUUAAAUGUCUUCCAGAAGCUCAUGUGUCCAAGGGUAGGUCCCUGAUCUGUGGGCACCAUGGGGAAGUAGUGGAAACUCCACAGGUGGGAGAAAGCAGGUCACUGGGGACAUGCCUUGAAAAGCAUACUAGGACCCUGGCCCCUUCCUGUCUUUUUGCUUCCUUGCUGCCAUGAGGUGAAUGGUUUUUCUCUGCCUCAUGCCUCUGUGGUGAUACACUGCCUCACCUUAAGCCCAAAAGCAGUGAGUCUAAGAUACCAUGGACUGAGACCUCUGAAACCAUGAGCCAAAAGAAACAUUUCCUCCUUUUAACUUGUUUAUCUCAGAUAUUCAGUCACAAAGACAGAAAGCUAAAGGCUGGGGAUUUAGCUCAGUGGCACUCCACCUGCCUCGAAAGUGCAAGAUCCUGAGUUUGAUCCCCAGUUCUGGGAUGGGGGAAAGAGAGCUGACACACAAGGGAAAGGACAUGGAGAGAACGUAGAGAUCUGCCUUUCUUAUGUAUAUAGGAUGGUAAGAGAAGGCCUUUUAUCCAGUAAAAUGAGAUUUUAGCAGAGACUUGGAGAAAGCCAGGAAGUGAGGCAUACAGACACCUGGUAGAGGAGUUUUCCAGGCAGGAGGAACAGCAAGUGCAAGGCUCUGUCACAGGAGCAUGCUGGUUAGUUCAUGAAGCAGCAGGAGGGAAUGAAGGAAGGAAGAGAAGCUGAAGGGGAUAGGGAGCAGAUCAUACAGGGCCUUGUAGGCCAUUAUAGGAUUAGGGCUUUUUCUGUGGGCGAAAUGGGUCAGCAUGCUAACAGCUGUGUUGUAAACAGUCUGCUGUAGGGGUUGAAGGCCAAAGGUGAACACAGCAAGACCAGUUAGAAAGAUGUCAAGAGUCAGGAGAAGGAGCUGUGGCCAAAGAGCCCCUUGGCGGAGUGAUGUAUUUCUUGGAAGAUGGUGGAAGGGGCUAUAAGCCAAGGAGCUCAGGUGGCCUCUGAAAGCUCGAGAUGACAAGGAAAUAGAUUCUCUGGAACAUCCAGAAGGAGCGCAGCCCUGCAGACACUUUGAUGUCAGACUUCCCAUCUCCAGAACUGUAGAGGAUAAGUCAUGUGCUACUUUUUUUUGAUACCAAGAGUUGAACUCGGGACCUUGUUCGAGGCAGAUGGUGGCACCACUGAGCUAAAUCCCCGGCAGUCAUGUGCUACUUUAAGCUUCUGGUAUUUUGUUAGAACAACAGUAGGAAACUAAUUCAGGCACAUAUUGAUAUUCAAAUUCUGUAAAGCUUCUGUUAAGCACUUUUUACACAGCCAGCACAAACAUAUUCCUCAUCAUCUUCAGGUUCUGUAUUUUAAACCCUUUUAACCUCUCUAAGGCUGUUACAGUGUUAGAUCAAUCACUGCUUUUCAUUUUGGGUGGAUUCCUCAGUCUGAUGCAAAUGGGAAUUUAUUAGCCCUGGUAACUGAAAGGCACAGUGGGUGGGAAACCUGGAUGGGCACUGGCGGCGCUUCCUUGUGACUGUUGGCUCUGUUCUCUCCCCACUGUCAGCGUCAUCCUUGGACUAGGGUCCACUCUCAAGAUGACCACAGGGUACAACUGGGGCUGGGUGCUGCGACUGAACUAUUCUGGCUCAAAGGACAGGAAGAGUUCCCAGAGCUGAAUGGAAACAGACUGUAACCCCAUGGAGCUGAGCAAUAUGUCAGGAUUUGAAGAAGGCUCAGAGCUCAAUGGUUUUGAAGGAACCGAUGUGAAAGACAUGAGACUGGAAGCAGAAGCCGUUGUAAACGAUGUUCUCUUUGCUGUUAAGAACAUGUUUGUCUCGAAGAGCCUGCGCUGUGCAGACGACGUGGCCUAUAUCAAUGUGGAGACCAAGGAAAGGGACAGAUACUGCCUGGAGCUCACGGAAGCAGGACUUAGGGUGGUAGGGUACGCGUUUGACCAGGUAGAGGAUCAUCUGCAGAUGCCCUACCACGAAACAGUCUACUCACUGUUGGACACGCUCAGCCCUGCCUACCGGGAAGCAUUUGGAAAUGCACUCCUCCAGAGAUUGGAAGCUCUGAAAAGGGAUGGACAGUCAUGACUAAGCCUUUUCCUUUAGAGGGAGCUGCAGCUGGUAUAGAAUGUGGACAUAAAACUUGAAAUUCUUGCAUACGAUCAUAGUAGAAAAUGCACCUUUGGUUUUGUGUGCUUAUCACUUGCUUCACAUGUGGGCUUUUGACUCAGAAUAUUGACUAAUGAGUUGUCUUAGUUUCUGAUUCAUUAAGGGAAGUUUGAGGCCAUUACUAUGAUACCAUCAUUAAGACAUUUAAAUUUCUUCAUUUGGAUUCUCUGCAUUUCAAAACCUAAUCAGUAUUUCAUUCUCCUAUUACAGGGCUUCAAUGCUGCCAGCACUCUCUUUUACAUAGGAAAUUCUAGAUUUGCACAGUAAUAUAGGAAUUAGAAUUACCUAACUUCAAACUUGGAUUCAGCCUGCAAUAUCGGGUUUACUGCUAGCGUGGACUGACUUUGUAGUGAUUAUUUUGGUACUAGCCUUAUUGGAAACGAACUAUCAACGAGUUUCCCCUGCACAAAUUUUGAAAUUCACUGUUUCACCUCAUCUAUUUAUAUUACAAAUAUGGAUUGAAAAGUGAAUUACUUGCAUAUGAUUAACUAGUGUUAAAUGAAAAACAGGGACUGAAAUAGUUCUGUAUUAUUUGCCACAACCAGCCAGCUAAGCAGAGAACAAACUGUUAGCAAAUGAAUGUAAAAAUUACUCAUUUCCAAGAGCUCUAAGCACAUAACUAAGCACAGGGACAGGCUCCAUCCUCAACAGAAAGCAUCCUCAGUGUGCGAGACUGCAAAGGAAGAAGAGUCUGGUUUCCUAGAAAACAAUAUUCUGGCCUGUGUCGGUUCUUACUCCGAAUGUCUGUUUACAUAAUGCACAGUCUAUAUUCAGAAAGUAUUUUUGCUUCCACGUUUCCUUUCUAUAAUGUAGGGCUUGGUAUUCCCACAGACCCUCCUCCCCGACAGACAGCGCUCUGCCUCCUGCGCUGCGUACAGUGUAAUGUGAGUGUGCUGUGUGGGUUUCAGACCAAAGGAUGAGUGAAGCAUUCAGAAACUUCAUAUUUGGAAAAGAGAUACUCUGUAUUUUAUAUUUUAUUACAGUACUGAUAUUUAUAAGCUUAAUAAACUUAACCACACUGCUGCAUGUUCUCAAGUACAUGUUGAACAGUACAGAUUGAGAAGUUGUUUUCUUAAUCACCGAAAGCAACUGCUUCAGAAAUACUGAACCUGCAAUUCUGCGCCCAGACACACCUUCAUAAAUUUGUCAUCUACAGGUCCUUUUGUGAUUAUUUUUGGAAAAUAGACAUUUUUAGGCUCUGAGCUCCUUCGAGGGCUGGAAGUGCAGCUCGGUGGUGGAGGGCUUGCCUGGCAUGUGCAAGCCCCUGGGCUCAGUCCCCAGCACAGGAAAGAAGAGAAACGAUCAGGUAGAACAGAGCAAGCUGGAGUUCAGUUUGCAUUGCUGUUCCUUGUUGCAUCUCAUUAGAACGCUUUCUGUUUGUUAACACGUUCUGUCUCAGCUUUGUUUUCAGAUGCCCAACCCUUUGGGCAGUGAAGUCUAACCAGGUCGAACUUUCUCAUGCUCAAUCUCAGGCUAACUGUAAAUGAUAUUUGUAAAGUUUGAAUAAAAUUCUGCUUAUUCAUAUUUGAGUUAAGUAUGAAGAAAAAUCACUUGUAGCUGUAAAAAUUGAAAUUGUUUUGCGAUAAAUGAUUGAUUGCAAGA